UUCCUCCAUAUGACGUCGUCCCAUCUAUGAGGCCAGUGGUCUUAGUAGGACCGUCCCUGAAGGACUAUGAGGUGACAGAUAUGAAGCAGAAAGCUCUGUUUGAUUUCCUGAAACACAGGUUUGAUGGAAGAAUCUCCAGUACACGCAUCACGGCAGACCUUUCUCUAGCUAAGAGAUCUGUCCUCAACAAGAGGCCCAUCAUGGAGAGAUCCAAUACUCGCCCCAGCCUGGUAAUGUAUCUCUCUCCCCUACAGGUAUUUGAGAUGGCCAAAACCCUCCAGUUGGUGGUCCUGGAUGCAGACACCAUCAACCAUUUGGCCCAGCUAGCCAAGACUUCCCUGGCCCCCAUCUUUGUCUACAUCAAAGUUUCCUCACCAAAGGUGCUCCAGAGGCUGGUCAAGUCCCGGGGGAAGUCUCAGAGCAAACAUCUGAACGUGCAGAUGAUGGCUGGGGACAAGCUGUCUCAAUGCCCCACUGAUAUUUUUGAUAUAAUUCUGGAUGAGAACCAAUUGGAGGAUGCAUGUGAGCACUUGGCUGAAUACUUAGAAGUCUACUGGCAUGCCACUCAUCUUCCCGGCACCACCCCUAUCAAAGGGCUAUUGGAGCAGAACAUCAUGAUCCCUCCUUCAGCCAUCUCUAGCCUACAGACCCAGAAUAAAAACCAGCCCCCAAUGCAGCAUGCUGGUGUGGGGGUGCAGGGUGAGGAGGAGGAGAUAAGGGAGGAGGCCCACACCCCCCUGGAGCAGGACAGCCUGAUGCUGUCUGACGACGGGAGUGACACCCUGUCCUGCGGCCUAAGGGGGGCCCACGUCUCUGGGAGGGCAAGGAGGAUGAGGAGGAGGAAGAGCUGGUGGAGGAAUUAGAAGAGGAGCUAGAUGAGGAGAAGAAGAAUGAGUUAGAGUCUCCCUGCCAUGCCCAAACUUACAGGGACAGGUACCCCCCUCACCGCGGGCACCCCGGGGGCGUCCACAGUGCCAACGGGCAUGAGUCACAGGACAGGCUGCUCCAGCAUGAUGACCAGCAGGGGCACAACCAGCGCAACAAUCGCCAACGCAGCCGUCCCUGGCCCAGAAACAACCACUGACAUAUCUAAUGUACCCCUGGUCCCAGGCAACUACUGACAUCUCUAAUGUACCCCUGGUCCCAGGCAACUACUGACAUCUCUAAUGUACCCCUAGUCCCAGACAACUACUGACAUCUCUAAUGUACCCCUGGUCCCAGACAACUACUGACAUCUCUAAUGUACCCCUGGUCCCAGACAACUACUGACAUCUCUAAUGUACCCCUGGUCCCAGGCAACUACUGACAUCUCUAAUGUACCCCUGGUCCCAGACAACUACUGACAUCUCUAAUGUACCCCUGGUCCCAGACAACUACUGACAUCUCUAAUGUACCCCUGGUCCCAGACAACUACUGACAUCUCUAAUGUACCCCUGGUCCCAGACAACUACUGACAUCUUUAAUGUACCCCUGGCCCAGAGACAACUACUGACAUAUCUAAUGUACCCCUGGUCCAGAAUACCACUAGCCUUACCCAAACUACAAGGCUAUAUAAGAUACAAUAAUAUACACAACUUUGGCCACAAGACACACACAUGUGCUCCAUGUCUCCCACCACUCACCCCUCACUCCAACUACUGAAAACAAUUACUGCUAUGCACAUUGCCACCUUCUACAAUCACACACUUACAGGAUUCUGGUUUCACUAAUUCUGAUUAGCUGGGGUCAUGUUAAUCAGAUAAAAGACUAUACGUCAACAGGUCUACUCACCUCUACAAUGGAAAGCUAGUAGCAGGCUAUAACUCCUGGCUGUAGGUCAAGUCAAACCUUAAGCUGCUUCACGCAAGGUUUCUCUAUUGUAGGGCAACAGAUUUACUGGCCUUCAACCCCUAAGACAUUUGUGUCUUUAUUAUUGCAUUUAUGCAUAUGAUUACUUUAGGACUAUUUGCACAUUAUGGUCAGAGCAAGAACCAUAGGCUCUUUCUGGAUCAACACAAGUAGGAAUGUCUACUUCUUAGUAACCUGCAAUGGGAAAUAUUAAUGCAUCGGAAUGUAAUGUAUAUAUUGAAGGGGCAUGUGGUUAUAAUAAGUAUUAUUUAUAUUUUAUUUAGUUUAUUUAGAUUUGUCAGUGUGUGGACUUGUUCUUCAUUUCAGAGAAAUGUUUUUAGUCCAGAUUGUUUUGACUGAGAAUAUGUUUUUUUGGAGAGGCACAGGUAUGCAGGCAUAUGGUUAUACAGUAUAUA